AUGAGCAAGUCUGGUAAUGGCGGCAAGAAUGGUUCUAGAAACCCUUCAACGAAUAAUACAUCAAAUCCCUCGUCUCUGGAUGAUUCCUAUGAAUUAACACCCACAGACGUAGCAUACGUAGACAAGACGUCUAGGUCGAAGUACGACCCGCUCUACCCUGAAGUCGAAGAGUUUCUCGGGUCAGCACCCGCGCCGCGCCCUUGUACGCUGGUCUGGCGGGACCUUAGCGUGCAUAUUAAGUUAAAGGGUGGGAAGCUAAAACGACUCGUCAAUAAUGUAAGCGGUAUCGCGAAGCCCGGUACAUUAGUCGCACUAAUGGGACCUAGCGGUGCUGGUAAAACCACAUUAAUGUCGGCGUUAGCACAUAGAAGCCCAGUGGGAACAGUCGUGGAUGGAGAGAUAGCAAUGAACGGUAUGCCCAUUAGCGAUUUCAUGCACAGACAGAGUGGAUACAUGCACCAAGAUGACAUCUUUGUAGAUAACUUAACUGUUAUGGAACACCUUAGUAUUAUGGCUCGUCUCCGAAUGGACCGAAGAACAUCAUCACUAGCACGGAAAAGACGAGUAAACCAACUGCUAAGACAACUCGCGUUGUAUGGAGCCAGGUAUACCAGGAUAGGAGGUUUGGAUGGCCGUAAGACCUUGUCUGGUGGAGAACGGAAGAGGCUUGCAUUUGCAACUGAGCUUUUAACAGAUCCUGGGCUUCUAUUCUGUGACGAACCAACAACAGGUCUUGAUUCCUCGUCAGCUCAAAAACUAAUGAUGUUACUCCGAGCCAGUGCAGCACAAGGCAAGACUGUCAUCUGUACUAUUCACCAGCCGUCUUCGGAGCUCGUCGCUUUAUUUGAUAGAUUGGUGUUUUUGGCUGAGGGUAGAGUUGCCUUUGCUGGUAAUGCUAACGGAGCGCUGAAUUUCUUUGAAAGUUUGGGCUACCAGUGUCCCCUUACCUACAAUCCGACGGACUAUUUCAUCAAACUGCUGGCGUUGACUCCAGGCUCAGAGUCUGCCUCCCGCCAGGCCAUCAAGCGCGUCUGCGACUGUUUCGCCGUCAGCGACGCCGCUAAAGAGUUAGACAUGGAAAUACACUUAGAAUUUCAUCUUAUGGACCAUGAUAGCAAGGAAUCAAAAGAAUGCUCGGAUGAUUUAAAAAUGCCAUUUUUCUUCACAAAAAUCAUGUGGUUGGUGUAUCGACAUUUUUUGGUCAUUGUCCGAGAUCCACGAGUGCAACUCUUGCGUAUAAUCCAGAAAUUGGCUAUAGCUUUUACAGCAGGCUUGUGCUUUCUGGGCACAGCACGUUUGACUCAAGCCGGUAUCCAAGACGUUCAAGGGGCUCUCUUCAUCAUCAUAGCAGAAAACACCUUCAGCCCAAUGUACUCUGUCCUCCACAUGUUCCCUGAGGAAUUUCCUUUAUUCCACAGAGAAUUGAAAGCUGGGUUGUACUCUACACCUAUUUAUUAUAUCGCUAGGAUGAUUGCGUUGUUCCCAGGGCUUAUAGUUGAACCAACCCUCUUCACGUUGGUGGUGUACUGGAUAGCUGGUCUCCGAAGCACGCUGUACGCCUUCAGUUUCACAGUCUUCAUUGCCAUCAUGGUGCUUAACGUGGCAAUCGCCUGUGGGUGCUUUUUCUCAUGCGCUUUUGGAUCCAUGCCCAUCGCUAUCGCCUACCUCGUACCCUUUGACUACUCUCUCAUGAUGACUUCCGGUCUUUUCGUCAAGUUGAGUUCGAUACCAAAAUACGUAUCCUGGAUCCGGCAUUUAUCCUGGUUAAUGUACUCCAAUGAAGCAAUGAGCAUUAUACAGUGGGAUGGUGUACAGAAUAUCACUUGCGCAACAGAACAAAUACCCUGCAUAAGCACAGGAGACGAAGUAUUGAACCAGUAUGACUUCCAGAUCAGCCAUCUUUGGACUGACGUCAUCGCUCUCGUUGUUUUGUACUUGGCAUUCCACCUUUUGGCACUUAUUGCUCUGCAGUAUAGAACAAGGAGAAAAUAAAACGGUUUUGUUGAUAAAUAUAAAUGUAAUGUUGUAAAUUUAUUAUAGAAAUUAAAGAAAACCGAAGGUUCAGAGUUGGAUAACACUUGUUGAUAAUGUUUAAUAGCCUCUUGGGGCGGGUACGUCCCUUUUUAAGCGGUCUAUUAACAAAUCCUGAAAAAGGGGCAAGCCUUGCUAUUAUUGGCAUCAUUUUGGGAAAAUGUUAUUGAAAUGAGAUUAAUUACGUAUUUCAGAAUAUUCAGAAAAUUUCAAUUACCUAUGAGCUUAUAAGAAACCAGGCUGGUUCCAUUUAUAUUAUUUUUUAUUUAUGUCAACAAAAUUUAAAGGUUCUUAAAAUUCUUCGGAAUUCUUAUUUCUAAACUACAAAGAAUUACUUCUGCUAAUAAACAUUUACUGCACUUUAAAACGGAUACAGCUACGCGCAUAGACAAAAGGAUGGGUACGCGAUACACGUAACCCCCCUUUUUGCAAAAUAUACCCGCAUUUUCUAUGCGUGCAUUCACUACAACGUACC